AUGGCGUUGAACAAGUUGAGGAUUGAUUCCGUCGAUGUGGCUGGCAAGCGGGUCUUCAUCCGUGUAGACUUCAACGUGCCACAGGAUAAGAAGGAUCCCAGUGUCAUCACCAACACGCAGCGCAUUGAUGCAGCGUUGCCCACGAUCAAGUAUUGUCUCGACAAGGGCUGCAAAUCUGUGGUGCUUUGCUCCCACCUGGGUCGACCGGAUGGCAGCGUCGUGGAGAAGUACUCGCUGGCUCCUGUCGCAAAAUGCGUCCAAGAGAAGUUGGGAAAGCCAGUGACUUUCUUGAAGGAUUGCUGCGGCCCUGAGGUGGAGGCUGCCUGUGCAAAUCCUGCGCCGGGUUCCGUCAUCCUGCUUGAGAACUGCCGCUUCCACCUCGAGGAGGAGGGCAAGGGUGUCGACAAGGAUGGAAACAAGGUCAAAGCAGACAAGGAGAAGACAAAGGAGUUCAGGGCUUCCAUUGCCAAGUUGGCUGACAUCUACUGUAGCGAUGCGUUCGGCACGGCGCAUCGUGCUCACAGCUCCAUGGUGGGUGAGGGCUACUCCGUGAAGUGCUCGGGAUUCCUGGUGGCCAAGGAGCUGGAGGCCUUCGCGAAGGUGUUGGACAGCCCGGUGAAGCCGGUCUGUGCAAUCCUAGGCGGUGCCAAGGUCACGGACAAGAUUCAGCUCAUCAAAAACAUGCUGGACAAGGUGGAUGCCAUGAUCAUUGGAGGUGGCAUGGCAUUCACAUUCAUCAAGGUCCUGCACGGUAUGAACAUUGGCAACUCCCUUUUCGACGAGGAGGGUGCUAAGAUCGUGCCGGAGAUUAUGGAAAAAGCCAAAGCCAAGGGCGUGGACAUUGUGCUACCGAUCGAUUUUGUGAUCUCCUCCAAGUUUGGGGAGGACGGCGAGAUCAAGACGGCCACGCUGGCCAGCGGAAUCCCUGAAGGCUUCAUGGGCCUGGACUGCGGCCCGGAGAGCAUCGUCCUGAACUCGAACACAAUCGCCAAGAGCAAGACCAUCGUCUGGAACGGCCCAAUGGGGGUCUUCGAGAUGGCCGCCUUUGAGACAGGCACCAAAGCUAUGAUGGACAAAAUCGUCGAGGUCACCAAGUCUGGCGCUGUCACGGUCAUUGGAGGUGGCGACACUGCAACCGCCUGCAAGAAGUAUGACACCGAGGACAAGGUCACGCACUGCUCCACUGGAGGUGGUGCUUCCCUGGAGCUUCUGGAGGGCAAGGUGUUGCCCGGUGUCGCGGCUCUGGACGAUGCACCAGCUGGAGGUUCUUGCCAAAUCCUCCGGGUUCAAGCCCGGGAGAUCUUCGACUCACGAGGCAAUCCCACCGUGGAGGUGGACCUCUGCACCCCAACGGCCCUCUUCCGUGCGGCGGUGCCCAGCGGCGCCUCCACCGGUAUCUACGAGGCGCUGGAGCUGCGAGACGGUGACAAGGGCCGCCUGCUGGGCAAGGGCGUGCUCAAGGCAGUCAAAAACGUCAACGAGAUCAUCGGCCCGAAGCUGGUGGGCAUGGAUGUCCGCGAGCAGAAGAAGAUCGAUGAGGCCAUGGUGCAGGAGCUGGAUGGCUCCAAGAACGAGUGGGGUUGGUCCAAGUCAAAGCUGGGUGCCAAUGCUAUCCUGGCGGUGUCCAUGGCCGUUUGCCGGGCCGGGGCGGCUGCGAGCCAGAUGCCCCUGUACCAGUACAUCGCCAAGAUCUCGGGCAAACCCACAGACAAGUUCGUGAUGCCGGUGCCUUCCUUCAACGUGAUCAACGGCGGGAGCCACGCCGGGAACCGCCUGGCCUGCCAGGAGUUCAUGAUCCUUCCCGUGGGCGCCGCCUCCUUCAAGGAGGCGAUGAUCAUCGGCGCCGAAGUCUACCACAACCUCAAGAGCGUGAUCAAGAAGAAGUACGGCCAGGAUGCGUGCAACGUGGGCGACGAAGGCGGUUUUGCACCCAACGUGCAGGACAACAACGAGGCUUUGGAUGUGCUGAUGGAGGCCAUCAAGAAGUCGGGCCACGAAGGCAAGGUGAAGAUUGGCACGGACGUGGCAGCCUCGGAGUUCUACAAGGCCGAGGAGAAGAUCUACGACCUGGACUUCAAGAACGAGGGCGGCGGUGCCGCCGAGAUGAAGAAGUCCGUGCCGCAGCUCAUCGAGUACUACAAGUCCUGGCUGUCCAAGUACCCCUUCGUCUCCAUUGAGGAUCCCUUCGACCAAGACGACUGGGACGCCUACAAGAUGUUCAUGGCCGACGUUGGCAAGGACACUCAGAUCGUCGGAGACGACCUGCUGGUCACGAACCCCACCCGCGUGAAGAAGGCCCUGGAAGUGGGUGCCUGCAAUGCCCUGCUGCUGAAGGUGAACCAGAUCGGCUCCAUUACCGAGGCGAUCGAGGCGGCCAACAUGUCCAUGGAUGCUGGCUGGGGCGUGAUGGUGUCCCAUCGCUCCGGUGAGACCGAGGACUCCUUCAUCGCAGACUUGGUUGUGGGACUUCGCACGGGGCAGAUCAAGACGGGAGCACCUUGCCGCUCCGAGCGUCUGGCCAAGUACAACCAGCUGAUUCGCAUCGAAGAGGAGCUCGGACCUUUGUGCAGCUUUGCUGGCGUGAAUUUUCGGAGGCCCUGA